UACUGAUUUGCUUUGUUCCGUACACGGCAGCAACAUCAUACACACCCAUCUUGUAAGAUAGUUUAGAAGGUAUUAAAAUAUGUUUCUCGUUUAUUUGUAUCCUAUUUAUUAGUAAACUAUGGCCAAGUCAAAAGAUUUAAAAGUAUUCUUGGAGUCGUCUCUGAAUGCGAUUUUUAAAGCCACAGUGAGUGACAUAUUGGAGUCAGUGGACCAGACAUUGUCUGAGUACAAGGGUAAAUUACAAAGAAUUGAAACUGAGAAUGAAGAUCUAAGACAAAGGUUGCACGAUCAAGACAACAAGGAUUCGGUAGUUAAGGACCCUGGAAGUAACCAGUAUGCUGUUCACCUCCCUGACUUGUCAAGGAAGACCUGUUCCAGCCAUUCAGCUGUCGGCCAAUCCCAGAAGCCAAUCAAAACACAGGGUGAUGAGCGAAGAAGCUCCAGGAGACAGCAGAAGGACAAAAUGCUUCAGAGCAGAGGGUCUGUCUCUUUUACAGAUACAGCAGCUCAGCAGGAACCAGAAUGCCUCAAAAACAUCCCAGACACUGCGGUUUCCACCCUAAUUUUCAAAAACAUAAAGACAGAACCUGAUAUGGAGGAUGACUACGCCAUAGACCUCUCAAAGCCCCCGUCUCCUCUCAACCUGGCUUCUAAGCAAAUGAAGACAGAGAGUGCUGAGGUGAAUUACAUCAUUCCUGAAGAGCAUGAUGAACACCUUCAGUCACCACUGGACACAGAUGUGGACUCUAGAGACAGCGACAGUGACGUAAAAGUCACCAUAGUGUCUGACAGUCACAUGGCCAUGGAGAUGGGAGACGAGUGCGACCAUUUUGUUGAGUCAGAGGAAGGCUGUGUCACAAUGUGCGACGAAGGCCCACUGCGCAACUACUGCGGCAAACGCUUUGGCCGAGCAGACCUGCUCAAGUCCCACAAACGCACUCACACGGGAGAGAGACCGUUCAGCUGCGACCUCUGUGGUAAGAACUACGGUCACCCGGGCCAGCUCAGGAUACACAAGCGGUGUUCAUACGGGAGAGAGACCGUACUGGCUGCCCACACUCCUCAGCUGCACCUGAGGAAACUCAUACAGGGGAGAAAACUCUUCAGCUGCUGCUUAACUGUGGGAAGAAGCUUCGGUAGGUCUGGCCAUCUGAAGAGACACGAGCAGGUCCACACCAAGAGAGAAGCGUCUACCCUGUGA